AGCCAUGGUGGGUGGCGAGGCGGCUGCAGCGGUGGAGGAGCUGGUUUCCGGGGUGCGGCAAGCGGCCGACUUCGCCGAGCAGUUCCGCUCCUACUCUGAGAGCGAGAAGCAAUGGAAGGCCCGCAUGGAAUUCAUCUUGCGCCACCUGCCUGAUUACCGCGACCCGCCCGACGGCGGCGGCCGCCUGGACCAGCUGCUGUCCCUCUCCAUGGUCUGGGCCAACCAUCUUUUCCUGGGCUGCAGCAUCAAAGCUAAGGAGAAGAUGUAUCACAUUUUCAUCAUGGGCCACAGGCUUAGAGAGGAGGCUGGAAUGAAUGUGACAGUGACCACAGCAGCUCUAGACUCCUGGUAGAGGCAGUUGGAAUGAAAAAGGAAUCUGUCUAGAUUGGCUUAUAGAAGUCAUUAUUCUUUCAGUAGCUACCACUGUAAAAGUAUGCAUGGAUAUUUAUGUAUUUAUAAAUCAUGCACUCCAAGAUGAUUUCGUCAACAUCAUAUAAGCCUUUGUUCAAGAUGUCCUUUUUUUGUAAAUGUUGUAAUAGUGGCAGGUAAUGAAUUUUAUAGUUUGGAUUUUCAACAGUAUA